AUGCAAUUCCCAACUGAGAUCCGAAAUUUCGAUGAAGUCUUCCUACGCAACUUUGCAAAUAGGUUCAAUCUAUUGCGACAAGAAAUGAGCCUAAUUGAUUUGAAUAUACAAACCAAAGGUGGCACUCCUAUCCCUGCCCACAAACUUGUCCUUUGUGCACAAUUCCCAGGAAUAAAGAAGAGUAUCUUAGAGAGCAAACAUUCAAACCUCUCAAAUUGGAGUCGUUUUCCAUAUGAUAUUGUUAUGGCAGCCGUCGAUUUCGCCUACACUGGUGAAAUAAUCAUAAAUGUUGAAAACGUAUUGGGGAUAUAUCUGAUGGCCCACAAUCUUGGCUGCAAACAGCUGAUUGACUGGACAACGGAGUUCAUCAAGACAAGACUUGAUCGACUUAAUUUGAUGGAUGUUUGGUCGGCAGCAAAUGUCACUUCAAACACAGAUCUCAUUGCCGCCUGCACACCAAGGGUAGCGUGCGAUUUCGAGAGAUUAGCCUCCAACCAGCCCUUCCUUCAACACGUAGGUGUUGACCAACUUCAAACCUUACUGCAAAGUUCCUGGAUUUGUGAUGGAAAAGAAAUAUUGAAAUUCAAGGCAAUCUGUACAUGGUUGCACGCAUGCUCCUUAAAUGACGAGCACGUUAAAAUGGAAAAGCAUUUUCGUUCUCUUCUCAAGUUGAUCGACAUGAAGAAAUUGCCAACAGAGGUUGUAAUGAAAGCGUCAGUUAGUGGAUCGGAUUUCAACUUGUCGGAAAGUGCAAGGUCAACAUUUAUGGACACAUUUAUGAAUUUGAAUGAAACGAAAAAGGAAAGCUCGAAAUCGAUGAUCUGUUUUCAUGGGCGUAAAGACACUCCAAGAAGUGGAGUUUUGGAGGCGAUUUCUGAACUUAGUGGAGGACGAAACGUUUCUUUCCCAUUCGAACAUCGAUUGGGCACCUGCACAGUUGCUUUGGAUGGUUGGAUCUAA